GCCAACCAGUCAGGAAGGCAGCUCGGGUGUAAAAAGCCCAAAUGCUUUCAUUUCAUCUCUCCAAAGAAAAAGCCGGUGAAGUGCUAAGAAGAGCUCAGGAGGCAGAAGUAAGAAGAACGUUCAGAGGUCAGCUGCCUUAAAACAUCCAAAUGUACCUAAGUUCGUUCUCCCUUCUGGGAAGGCCCCUGUGCUUUUAAGCAUUGAACUGCUGGCAGAUAGUCACCUGGUAAAACUUUUCCUGUCCUGCAUCGCCUUGUUAGGAAUAACUGCACCUGUUGAAUGGUCUGUCUGACUCUUAAAGAUGGAAAAAUUGUUUAAUCUCCUUCUUUUUUGGGAGGUGUUUUCUUCAACAGUCUUCAGCUACCCAAGUGGAGAAAUCGGUACAGCCUGUAAUUCUAUGUUACCCAGGCAUAGAGACUUCAUUUCACAAACCUCUCCACCACCUUAUGCAAUCUCCAUCUCCAACACGUCAUUCACCGCAGGAGACGAGAUCAUAGUAUCUCUAACUGCAAUCAGUGACUCCAGGUUUAAGGGAUUUUUACUACAGGCCCAAGAAAUUCGAAGAGAUUCAGCUGUUGGAAGUUUUCGGAUCUUAAAUCCUGACAUGCAAGGCCUUGCGUGCAACAGCGUUCAGAAUUCUUCAUUGAGUCACACAAACCGGAGAAACAAGCGAAAUGUAACAGCAAUUUGGAUUGCACCUCCUGGUGUGGGGGAUGUUGUAUUCAGAGCAACAGUGCUCCAUAAUUUUAGUGUAUUCUGGGCUAACGUUCAAAGCCAAGUUCUUGCAUCUUCCAGCCGGUCAGUUGUUCCAAUUUCCAUGGAGGAAGGGUGCGGGAUGCAGAAAUUCUGUUUCAGUAGCCCUACAGGCUGCAACCCACGUGAGCCAAACUGUUACUUCAUGUCAUCUGAGGCAUUGGAGAGUGAUGCUUUCAAAUUUGAAAUGAGCGGACUUUCAGAUGGUUAUUUAGCUAUUGGAUUUUCCGAUGACACUAUUAUGGGAAAUGAUGAUAUCUAUAUUUGUGGUAGGAAUGCCACAGGUGAUGUAGCAGUUCAACAUGCCUUCUCAACAGGACGUACUACUCCCAGCCCUAGACCUCUGGGUGAGGUGGAUAUUCUAGCAACAUCCUUUAACAACGGAAUCGUCAAAUGUUCUUUCAUUUCAAGAAAUUCCAUAGCAACUCAGUCAAGAAAUGCUGACAGUCUGUACUAUAUAUUUUUGACUUUUGGACCAUCGUUAGCUGGGCAAAUACGGAAGCAUCCCAUGAGACCUUUUAUUACUGAUCAGAAGGUGAACAUUUCAGGCUUUGAAGCACAAGGUGGCACCAAUUCUACACCCUUGAUUAUUAAGGCUCAUGGAGCCCUCAUGCUGAUCGCGUGGAUGACCACAGGCAGUGUAGGAAUGAUAUUUGCUAGGUACUUGAAGAAAUCCAUCAAAAAAUCACUUCGUGGUAAAGAUAUUUGGUUUCAGAUCCACUUUUUGAUGAUGUUGCUGACGGUAGCGGCAACAGUAAUUGCUUUCAUACUGAUCUUUGUGGCAGUCAAAGGAUGGAGUGGUAGUGCAGGAGUUCAUGCCAUUAUUGGAUGCAUUGUCAUGGCCCUCUCUUUCCUUCAGGCAAUGAUAGCUUUUUUUCGACCUUCACUCCAAAAUAGUCGGAGGUUCAUUUUUAAUUGGUUUCACAUGCUAAACGCAUUAGUCAUCAAAGUUUUGGCAGUUGCUGCCAUAUUUCUGGGACUGCAAAUGCUCAGCAAGCCUCCUAGUCAGUGGAUGAUUAAAACCAUGGGAGGCUUUGUGGGCUGGGAGGCAUUCAUAGUCAUCAUGUUGGACAUAAAUCUGUGGUUGAAAAAGAAAGAAAUAUAUGAGGAUUCAGAAACCAAGGCAAAAAGUGAAAUAUUACUGCUGCUAUUCUAUCUCUCUGGCAACCUGGCGUUUUCAAUAGCUCUGCUUAUAGGUAUUGGAAGAUCUUGAAA